AUGAGGAACAGGAAUAACGGAGUCGUGUUUGAGUGUGAGAAUCCAAUGCUGCUGCACACACAACGAGUUGCCUCAUUGUCAGAGUUUAAGGGUCUGAUAUUGAGGCACCUCGAUCAAAGUAGAAGUAAAGAGAUUGGGAGGAUAGGGUAUAGGAUGCUAGCUCCGAUAGAGAAUGGAGUAUUCCGAUUUCGUCUGUUUUGGCUCUGCGACGACGAUUAUGUGCGGCUGAUGUUUGACGUUCAUGGCAGAAUCAUGUGUGAACAAGUGAUGGAGCUCUCCGCAGAGAUUGGUGAAGUUGGUGACGAUGAAUUUAGGCAGUUGGACUUUGUGCAGGAUGAUCAGCCCCUCGCACCACCGCUUAUCCAUGUUGCCCGCUCGGUUUAUGAGAUGGACGUUGACGACGAGGAAUCUGAUGACGAUUAUGUUGCGGAUAGCAACGACAAUGAUUCCUCUGUAGAUGAUGACAAGGAGGAGCUUGUGCCCGAGACUCUGGUGCAGGCACCACGCCGUUAUCUUUUGCCUGGCCCGCAACCAAUUCCGUCUUUGUCAUCAGUGCCAUGUCAUUAUCAUACGUUGGACAUGGAUACGAUGCAAGAGAGAAAUCCAUUUUUUAACACAGGUGAGAACGAUUACAAGUUAGAUGAGGGUCUGGAGUUUAGGGUGGGACAUAGAUUCAAGAGCAGAAAAGUAGUGUUAGAGGGGGUAAAGAAUUACAGCAUCCGUCGGAGUGCAGAGUACCGAGUACUGGAGUCUAAUCGAUUAAAGUACCAUGUGCAUUCCCGACAACACCAAGCAGGCUGCCCAUGGAGUCUCCGUGUAGCUCUCCGCCAGAAUCUCGGAUAUUGGUAA